AUGUCUGCCCAGCUGACCUCUGCUCUAGCGAAGCUCGCGUCUUUUCGGCAACAGAACUCACGACAAUCCCAGGAAAUACUCGAUGCGGGCGUCCCCCUGUUGCUGAGUAAAAAAAGCGCACUUAGUGAUGUGCACUCGACUACAUGGCUAGAGCAGCUUGCGCUCGCAGCGAUUGACGUUGGAAAUCUGGACAUCGCAGACGAAUGCAUAGACACAUUGACAGAGUGUUUCCCAGGCUCUCCGCGUGUAGAUGUACUCGUCGGGAUCAGGAAGGAGGUUUCACUUCCGAUGGAGGUCGUGCUGGAUUACUAUGACGGCUUACUUGAUGCUGACGAGUCUAACUCAGCAGCUUGGAAACGAAAGAUCGUUGUUUUGCGUCGCUCGGGAGACAUUGCUAAAGCAGUGGAUCAACUUUCGAAGUUUCUGGACACGUACUACACUGAUGUAGAGGGUUGGCUGGAACUUGCAGAUAUCUUCUCGUCGUGUAAUCAGUAUGAUGCAGCAUUGCGGUCUCUUCAGCAUGCAUUACUCUUGGCCCCGCAGAACCCAUUUUAUGUCCUUCAAUCAGCGGAAGUGGCGUAUACAACAGGAGAUAUUCCGCUUGCAUUGAAAUUCUUCCUAAUGGCCAUCGACAUGACCGAGGAACCGGACAUUGAUCCUGCAUCCCGUGUGGAAGCUGUUCCAGAGGGUAUUGCUGUUCGAGCUUGGUUCGGGCUCAAGCAGUGUACAAGGCAUCUCAUCACGGAUCCUCGAACAGCCAGCACAUCACGGUCGCAAACAACAGUACCUCAACAUGUACAUCUUCUUGACGAGCUAGCAACUGAACGUCUCCUUACUUCAUAUUCGACGUACUCAGGAGGUCCACGCAGUGGACCCGUUCGUGGACGCGAAGAACUUGUUAAGUGGUUAGAAGCAAAAUGAGGACUAAUUUCUACGUAAUAUUAUUAUCCGAAAUACAAUUCUUCUCUGCGAA